AUGUCCGAACUGCCCGCGGACAAAGGUGUCCCACCGGCGGGCGCAGCAAAUGACAACGGCGACGUCCGGCAGGGGGAGGUAGGCGGCAGGAGGCGGGAGCCGGCCGCCGCGCAGCCUGUGGAGGCCAGGGACCGUCCGAUGGCGGCGGCCGGAGAAGGUCCGAUGGCUUCACCCGUGGAAGGUCCAGUGCCGGAGGCCAGGGAAGGUCCGAUGGCGGCGUCCAGAGAAGGCCUGGGGGCAGCGGCCAGGGAAGCCCGGAUGGCAGAGGUCGCCCGAUUGUUGGCGGAGCCAGCGGAGGAAGAGGGUCCCGAGGGCAGACCCUGGUCCAGGCCCGGGAACGGCCCGGGCCUGGCUGCGUUACCAUAUCUCCGCCUCCGUCACCCACUUGGCGUUUUAGGAAUUAAUUACCAGCAGUUCCUCCGCCACUAUCUGGAACACUACCCGAUUGCUCCUGGCCGAAUUCAGGAGCUUGAAGGACGGCGCAGGAGAUUUGUGGAAGCCUGCAGAGCCAGGGAAGCGGCGUUUGACGCAGAAUAUCAGCGGAAUCCUCAGAGGAUGGAUUUUGAUAUUUUAACAUUUAGUAUAACUCUGACUGCAUCUGAAAUUAUCAAUCCUCUGAUAGAAGAACUUGGUUGUGAUAAGUUUAUCAGUAGAGAAUAGUUAAUGAUGCAACUACUUUCAGAAGAACUCUGCCUUCAAGACGGUGUUGUAUACCACUCCUGCAACUUGAAUUUACAAAGUACGUGAGAAUAAGGCAAAGCACAGCUGGGGGAAAAAAGGAAGCUUAUCAAGAAAAACUCAAGAAGAAAUGAAAAAAAGAUCAAAACCUUAUGACUUUUCUGACGUCCUUUGAGUUUGUGAUUGAUCCAGAGUCUUUUCCCUGCAUUGUGGAAAUGUCUUUUCAAAUUGCUUCACUGAAGAGAAGAAUGGUUUUCUAAAAUUGAGGCUUGAUGAAGAAAAACUGCCAAGAGAGCCCAUGGUGACGAAAGAAAUCAUCAAAUAGCAGUGAUAGGAAUAGGAAUUCCUGUAGGACUGGAAGGCCAUGGAGAGAACUGGAAAUUGUCAGUUCUGAUAAUUCCUCUUGAGUUUUCUUCAUGUCAGUUUCAACAGAAGUUUUUAGUGUAAGAUUAGUUUUGUGUUUUAUGAGGCAUUUCAAAGGACAAGCAAAGUCAAUGCUGUAUAUAUUAUACGAUAAAUUGUGUAUUCAAGAA